GUAAGCCCCAAUUUUUGUCAUUUUUAUAGUAAGCAUUGUCAACAUAAACGUUACGCAUUUCAUCGCCUCUCUCUCUCUAGAUUUUCUCGCUCUUGCUCGUCUCUCUCUCUAGAAAUCUCGAUUAUGGGUGCCGAUGCAGAGACGCAACCCAACCACAAGGCAUCCACUGAAGCUGCAUCUGAGGAGAAGAAAAGGUGGACGCUUAAUGACUUUGACAUUGGGAAACCUCUUGGAAGGGGAAAGUUCGGUCAUGUUUAUCUAGCUAGGGAAAAGAGGAGCAAUCAUAUUGUAGCGCUGAAGGUACUUUUCAAGAGCCAACUGAAACAGUCUCAGGUGGAGCAUCAGCUACGCCGUGAAGUUGAGAUCCAAAGCCAUCUUCGACACCCUAAUAUUUUGAGACUUUAUGGAUACUUCUAUGAUCAGAAAAGAGUUUACUUGAUAUUGGAAUAUGCUGCCAAGGGAGAGCUAUACAAGGAGCUGCAGAAGUGCAAGUACUUUAGUGAAAGGCGUGCUGCUACUUAUGUUGCGUCUCUAGCUCGGGCACUCAUAUAUUGUCACGGAAAGCAUGUUAUUCACAGAGACAUAAAACCAGAGAACCUUUUGGUUGGUGCACAGGGAGAACUUAAGAUUGCAGAUUUUGGGUGGUCAGUGCACACAUUUAACAGAAGGCAGACCAUGUGCGGAACUUUGGAUUAUCUGCCACCUGAGAUGGUGGAAAGUGUGGAGCAUGAUGCGAGUGUAGACAUCUGGAGUCUUGGUGUCCUUUGCUAUGAGUUCCUUUAUGGUGUCCCUCCGUUUGAGGCAAAGGAACAUUCAGAUACAUACAGAAGAAUUGUGCAAGUGGAUUUGAAGUUUCCUGCAAAGCCUAUCGUCUCUUCAUCUGCAAAAGAUCUAAUCAGUCAGAUGCUUGUAAAAGAAACUUCUUCCCGUCUACCAUUGCACAAGCUCCUUGAGCAUCCUUGGAUCAUCCAAAAUGCAGACCCCUCUGGGGUUUAUAGAGGCUGAUCUAGUACAUCUUAUUAGACUAUCUUUUUCUAAACCUCUAGAAGCUGAGAAUUGUCCAAAUAAUGUGGCAAAUAAUUUUUUUCAUUGUAUUAUAAAGUUUCAUUGUAAGUUCUAUAGUUAAUCGGUAUGGAGCAAAUUUGUUGAAGGAUUCACAAUUUAAAAUCACAAAACUUGUAAAAUCCAGUUGUUUACAUAAAAGAAAAGCUAGGAUGAAAAUCCUAUUUGCUUUCUCUUUUGAUUCA